AUGCAAUUUGCGCCUAUCCUGACCCAAAUUGCACGGCUUCCAUACGAAUCGUGGGAAAACCAAGAGGUUGCCCUGCAGAACAUCUUCCACUGCGUCAAGGUUGUAGAGACCCAACGCAGCAUGUACCCAUCGGCAGAUUGGUGCGCUGAGCUUGUUGCCAACAUGCUCUCCAAAGGACGGAUCAGUCUUCUCACAGACGCAGAGCAAGUCAUAUACGGCCUCAACUUUGGGGACAUCGGCUACAACAGCAGAGAAUCCGCCACAAACUUCACUAUGCCACUUGCCCCGUCCGAAGUCCAUAUUGAACAAAAUAUGGACGGUGCAAUACCGCCAGUGUCGCACGAUGAACGUGCUAAUGAGUCUGAGCAAGCUUCAACAAUGCAAAUCCAUUCAAACUGGGAUCCAAGCAUGGUACAGGAUGAUCUGCCGGAAUACGAUACUCUCAGGAAUGGAACUGGUCAACAUGAACCAUGGCAUGACAGUGGAACACUCUCCGAUGACUGGAUGGAGAUGUUGUUUAGUUUUGAGGACUCACGCAACACCUUUUUAGACAUUGUCUGA